CCUGAAUCCCUCCAGUUGCAGCUUACGCGAGAACGCCAGCUCUUGGGCAUCCGAGUGUUGGCGACUUGUGACUUGUCGCCAAUUCCGCGCCAUUGCCGCUCUCUGUUCUCUCGAAUCGAUAGUGGCUGACGUCAGAGCCGUGCCGGAGGGGCGCUAUCAACGGCGGGGGGGGCAGUGCACUUGUAACUUGGCUAGUAGUGUCAUGUAUCCGCGCAAGUGGCUCUGCGAACUGUCUCAUGUUCUGUGAUCAAUUUGAAGUGCACAACGCUCGAUUUGGCGUAAGUUUCGUACAUUAGCUCAUGUUCUGUGUGUGCGCUGAGGAACGGCCGUCCUGGUGCACGUAAAUCCUCCUACAUUUCAGUAACGUGCUAAGUGGCCUUCACCGGCGUAUUUGUGUUGACAUUGAAGGUCUCUACGCAAAGACUGCAAAAGGCCAGUAGAGGUCAACUGUCGAAUCUAAACAGCAACGCCGAAAUGGUGCUGUGAAUGUGAAUGAUGGAAUUUUAUUUUUUACUGAAGAUAAACGGCACAUAUCAUACAAGUUGAUGAUGAUACCGGAUUAUCAUUGACGACCAACUACGAGGUGAUACUCCACAACCGCUCUUUGAUACGUCAGCGCUUUAGGCUAUUGCCACACUGUAUAGUCGACACGGGUUUUCUAUCUAGUGAUUCAAAAUUGCUGCCAUGGGUCGCAAAAAAAUACAAAUAUCGAGAAUCACCGACGAACGGAAUCGACAGGUUACUUUCAACAAACGGAAGUUCGGCGUGAUGAAGAAGGCUUACGAGCUGUCGGUUUUGUGCGACUGCGAGAUCGCUCUCAUCAUCUUCAGCAGCAGCAAUAAAUUGUAUCAGUAUGCCAGCACGGACAUGGACAAAGUGUUACUCAAGUACACGGAAUACAACGAGCCACACGAGUCUCUGACCAACAAAAAUAUUAUCGAGGCACUUAAUAAGAAAGAGCAUAAGAACGGCGUGAUGAGUCCUGACAGUCCGGAGCCGGAGACGGAAUACCAGUUGACGCCGCGGACCGAAGCCAAAUACAGCAAGAUCGACGAGGAGUUCCAAAUGAUGCUUCAGAGAAACCAAAUCAACGGACAAAGGGUCAGCAUGAGUUCUUCAAAUUACACCCAACCCGUCUCGGUGCCUGUUAACAUAAGUUACGGUGAUUCUGGUCUUCUUCAAUCUAGUCCGCAAAUGGCUCAUACUAGUAUUAGUCCUCGACCGUCUUCUUCGGAGACCGACUCGGUUUAUCCGAGCGGCGGUAUGCCCGAGAUGAGCAACGGUUACCCGAAUUCGGCGUCACCGAUGGGUGGUUCGCCGUCCCCAGGGCCGAGCCCGGGACCGGGUCUUAGUUCCUCAAAGCAACACCCGAAGCAACAUUCGCCCGGCCCGAGAUCUAACCUCCGAGUCGUCAUACCUACGGCACUAGGACCAAGUAUUACCCCGGAAGAAGUUUCGUACGGAGAACAUAAUCGAACCCAGUCGACCUUGAAUACGCCAGUGGUGGCACUGCAAACCCCCGGACUGUCGAAUUAUCCCGGCACUCUGACAUCGUUCGGCGCGCAGGAUUUUAGCAUGGGCCCGGACAUGGGUUUGAGUUCCAUAUCGUGGAGCGGACACCAAAUAUCUACAGCUCUGACACACAGUAGUAACUGUUUGCCGCAUUUGGCCGUAUCCAGUAGCACGCCGCCGCCGUCGUCGUCCUCACCCAUACCCGUUAAAAUAAAGAGUGAACCGAUAUCGCCUCCAAGAGAACAUCAUCCGCAUUUGAGCACCGGCGUUCAUCAUUCGCACGUGCAGAGUCUUAACCUGACGCACAGCCAUCAUCCGAGGCCCAGUUCGGCCGGUCACAUAACUCCGACUCCUGGUAGUGUCACGCCGACGAAUCUGCCGUCGCCGACGGGACCGCCUAGUGGUGGUGAUUACGAAAAUAUACAGAUGCAUAAGCGAGCAAGACUCACAGACUGGCCAUCCUAGACCGGCGCACGAGACGCUAAGUGCCAUAGUGAUAACGUGUGGAUAACCGAACGCGUUUCUAUUGCCAAUUGUCAUCUAUGUGAUAAACUACGAGUCUAGUAAAACUGGAUAUUUUAUGAAAUUUGUAGUCAUUUAUCAGUGAAAAAUAUAUAAAAAAACGAUUUUGUAGAGAGAAAGAGAGAGAGCGCGAGAGAGGAUAAGAUUUAUAUAGAAUGGGUUAGUGUGGUGAAUGUGUCGUGGUUCCAGUCAGCGACAGCGUUAUAUGCUGGCGCCAACAUUUGUUCUCAGAAACAAACAUAAUAUAUAGUGCCAUUAUUUUCUUGUAAUUAUUAGUGUCUUUUUUAUAAAUGUUUUUAGAUAAAUAGUAUAUUAUUUAUAAUGUACACUUGUUAAUUUAGCGAGGAUGCAGCCACUAACAAACAUAUUGAGACUAUGCAGGACACUACUCUUGUUAUGUAUUGGUGCUUUCCCCAACCUGAAUCGGAUGUACUCUGUCCACUGGCUGUUGGUGCGGGCGGUACGUGGACGCGUCGGGUCGGUGUCAGUGCGUCGGUUUUGAACGAAUCGAACGUCGACCGUCGGCGCGUCCGUCCGUCCGUCCGCCCGUCAAUGUUGAAUGUACUGUAUUUGUACUGCUUCCCCAUUGGAACCUAGAGUGUUCAUUGUUGUAGCCUUUUCAAUUUGUUUGUGAUUUCAGAGUACGAUAUCUAUUCUGUAUAUUGACCUACACAAAUUAAAUUAUAUAAUUAUACAUUAUAUAAUAUAUAGAUAUAUUUUAUCUACUGUUGUGUGCACAAACCUUGCACAUAGUUUUAAAGUUUAAAUGUCGGUUCGACCCGGCUGUCCGUGUUCACACGGAUGACCCUAUCUCCACUGAACUACUGUAGGAUUGCCUUACUCACAGUGCCUCGACAGUAUGUACGUAUCUAUUUGUGUACUACACCAUUGGAUGUCUUCAGUAAAGCCAUCUUAAGUCCGAAUGCGCUGCGGUACAUUUUCGUCGAUAAUUCACAGGGUAUUGCGCCGUUCUACACUCCACUCUGCUGACUGGCACCUGCUAAUGCUAGUGCUAGACAGCUGCCGCUGCUUGUGCCUUCUUGUUAACCUGGUACCUUUCCGAACCCCCAACUGGCUUCCGUGUCACUGCACUACUGUCUCUUCUAUAUGUUAUCCUUUAUUUAUGUCAAUGUCUUGACAUGUCAGUUGACACGAUUUUAUUUAGUCGUUUUAUGUUAAGCGGAACAUUUACGCCUCAUUUUUAAAUGGACGAAAUACCCAGCUACAUUAUGUAAAUAUAGUUAUAUUUUAUUGUAGCGUUGCCAUUAUUUGUUGAUCAUUUUUACGCAUCAUCCUUUUUCUUCACUUUUUCAUUUUACAUUUUAUCAUAUGGCAUAUUAUAUUACGUCCAUUUGACAUAGGCAUUUUUCAAUCAUGUGCAAUAUUAAUCUGACGUUUAUUUAUCUAUGAUGUAUUGAAUUAAACCAAAUAAAAAAUUGUUUGUUACAAU